UGCAUUCCUUCUUUUUUUCCACGAUCUUUCGGGCCGCCUACCUCAGUCGCUCGCUUAACACACGGCUUCGCAUAAUCAUUCAUCAUCGUCAUCAUGGUUUCGGCGGCGCUUUCGGCGGCCGUCCUGGUUGGGGCUGGCGUCGCCAACGCUGCCUACAGCAUCGCGACUAACGACGAUAUCAAACGGACCGCGGCCGACGUCGCCUGGGACCUCCUGCAGUACUACAAGGGCAACCAGACAGGACAGACGCCGGGAAUCCUGCCCGGUCCGCCUCCGGCAGGCGACUACUACUGGUGGGAGGCCGGCGCCAUGUGGGGGACGCUGAUCGACUACUGGAAGCUGACGGGCGAUUCGACGUACAACGACUUGGUAACGCAGGCGAUGCUCUGGCAGGUCGGCCCGGACAGAGACUACAUGCCGCCCAACGUGACGGCCUCGCUCGGCAACGACGACCAGGGCUUUUGGGGUAUGUCGGCCAUGCUGGCGGCCGAAAACAACUUCCCGAAUCCUCCGGCCGACCAGCCGCAGUGGCUUGCCCUCGCGCAGGCCGUCUGGACCACGCAGGCGAGCCCCGAUCGGCACGACAACACGUGCGGUGGUGGGCUGAGGUGGCAGAUCCCGGUGGUUAACAACGGAUACGACUACAAGAACAGCAUCGCAAACGGCUGCUUCUUCAACCUCGGCGCGAGGCUCGCUCGCUAUACCGGCAACAGCACGUAUGCCGAAUGGGCCGAGAAGACGUGGGACUGGGUGAGAGCCGUUGGCUUCAUGGACGACAAAUACAACAUCUACGACGGCGGCCACGUCGAGCAGAACUGCACCGACAUCAACAGGGCCCAGUUCUCGUACAACAACGCCGUUUACCUCCUAGGCGCUGCGUACAUGUACAACUACACGAACGGAAGCGACACGUGGAAGGAGAGGCUGGAGGGGCUGGUCGACGCGACCAUCGCUACAUUUUUCCCCAACAACAUCGCGUAUGAGAUCGCCUGCGAGGAGCAGAUGUCGUGCACGACCGACAUGCUCAGCUUCAAGGGCUACCUCCACCGCUGGAUGGCGACGGCGACGCAGAUCGCCCCCUUCAUCUCCGCCAAGGUCCUGCCCGUCCUCAAGACGUCCACCGCCGCCGCCGUCGACACGUGCACGGGCGGCACCAACCAGCGGACGUGCGGCUUCAAGUGGAGCACCAAGGCGUUCGACGGCAGCGUCGGCGCCGGGCAGCAGAUGAACGUCCUGGCCGCCGUGUCGUCGCUCCUGAUCGACCAGGUGCCCCCGCCCGUGACCAACUCGACCGGCGGCACGAGCAAGGGCGACCCGACCGCCGGCAUGCACUCUGAUACCUUCCAGAACACGCUGGCGCCGCCGACGGCCGCGGACAAGGCCGGCGCCAGCAUCCUGACCAUCCUAAUCUUGUGUUCGGCGGUCGGCACGUUUGGGUGGAUGAGCGUCGGGGAGUGACGCGGCGGUGCGGCGGGAGAGGGGGCGAGCUAUUUCUUCUUCUUUUGGCCGCUAGCGGCAACGUUCCCCUCAAUGUGAGGGUGAGGUUGAUGACGAUUGCCCUGUGGUUUGCCUCACAGUCGAGGGCCAAACCCGUGUGGUGCUUGCCGCGCCUCUCAGGGCCAUAUGGCGCGGAUGCCCUUGAUGAUCUUGCAGUCCGCCUUGUGCCCGCCCUCGCUCCACCCUUUGACCUGACACUCCUGCAUCAUCAACCGCCA